GCCCUCCCCGGAGCCCCGAGCUCCGAGCUCUGCCUGCGCCUGGUCCCAGCACCCGCGGCGCCGCGUCCCCGGCCCAGUCAUGGCGUCCUCCGCGGCCGGCUGCGUGGUGAUCGUUGGCAGUGGACUCAUUGGGCGAAGCUGGGCCAUGCUGUUUGCCAGUGGAGGCUUCGAAGUGAAACUCUAUGACAUUGAGCAACAGCAGAUAAGGAACGCCCUGGAAAACAUCAGGAAGGAGAUGAAGUUGCUGGAACAGGCAGGCUCUCUGAAAGGCUCCCUGAGUGUGGAAGAGCAGCUGUCACUCAUCAGUGGUUGUCCCAGUAUCCAAGAAGCAGUAGAGGGCGCCAUGCACAUUCAGGAAUGUGUUCCAGAAGACCUAGAACUGAAGAAGAAGAUUUUUGCUCAGUUAGAUUCCAUCGUUGAUGAUCGAGUGAUCUUAAGCAGUUCCACCUCUUGUCUCAUGCCUUCCAAGUUGUUUGCUGGCUUGGUCCAUGUGAAGCAGUGCAUCGUGGCUCAUCCUGUGAAUCCACCAUACUAUGUCCCGCUGGUUGAGCUGGUUCCCCACCCGGAGACGGCCCCUACGACAGUGGACAGAACCCACGCCCUGAUGAAGAAGAUUGGACAGUGCCCUGUGCGAGUCCAGAAGGAGAUGGACGGCUUUGUUCUGAACCGCCUGCAGUAUGCGAUCAUCAGUGAGGCCUGGAGGAUGGUGGAGGAAGGAAUCGUGUCUCCUAGCGACCUGGACCUCGUCAUGUCAGAAGGGCUGGGCAUGCGGUAUGCGUUCAUUGGACCCCUGGAAACCAUGCACCUCAAUGCAGAAGGUAUGUUAAGCUACUGUGACAGAUACAGUGAAAGCAUCAAACGUGUCCUAAAGACGUUUGGACCCAUUCCAGAGUUUUCCAGGGCCACGGCUGAGAAGGUUAACCAGGGAAUGUGCUUGAAGGUCCCUGAUGACCCAGAGCACUUAGCUGCCAGGAGGCAGUGGAGGGACGAGUGCCUCAUGAGACUCGCCAAGUUGAAGAGCCAGGUGCAGCCCCAGUGAAUUUCUCGUAAUGCAGCUGCCACUCCUGUCAUUGGAGGCCCUAUUUGGGAACAUUGGAAGCUCUUAAUCAGCCCACUGUGACACAAGGAGCAGCCCACGGGGAUUCUGAGCUGGCUCUCUUGCAUGCAGCCGAGUGUGGUGAUCCAGCCCAGUGGUCUGCCUGUCACUUUGGAUCAUAGCCCUGGGCCUGGGGGCACAGUAGCACUUGGGUUCUUGGGCUGUGGAUUUCCUGCCACCUGGGCAGAUAACUCGGAGAUUUUCACCUUUUCUUUUCAGUGUGAUUACAUAUGACUGUAUUUUACCACCAGUGAUUAGAGUUUCAUGUUAAUACUUGACAAAAUAUUUUCGUAAUUAUUUUCUAAUGAGUACUCUAUGGCCCUGCAUUUAUGAGGCGCCUGCCUUCAUUUUGCUAAUGCCUAUUCUGAAUAAAAGUUUUUGAUUCCUUAAA